AUCGAUAACAUUGAUAGGCCAACCAUAAGGCGGGAGCGUGGGUACAACAGCAUCGGCCGGCCGUAAAUUGCGAAUUUUCUCUCAAACAUUUGUUUUAAGUUGGAUUAUACAGUUUUACUUGCUCACCGUUGGCCCGCAUUAGUUUAGGUUCCCACAAUGACUGCUCCGCAAGCCCAACUUGACUUCUUCGCGACGGCAGGAAAAAUGCUGGAGUGGCAUGACAAUCUGGACAGAAAUAAGCCGGGUCUUCUAGAGUUGACGGGCGUCAGCCAGCAUGGGAGAGCCACAACGAGUGGACUCAACGACUAUGAUUACCAAAGCCUGUCCUUUCUCAAGUCGGACGAAACACAUAACCUACAACAGCUGCGGACGGUGACCAAGUCGGGCAUACCCAAGGAGAUCCUGGAGCACUUCAAGCAUAUCAAAUGCCACUGUACCAUGGGCCUGUUUCCGGAGAUUGGGCGGGCUUGGCUGACGAUCGAUUCGGAGAUUUACAUUUGGACCUUCAAUCAGUCACGCGACGUCGCCUACUACGACGGGCUGAGUCACUUGAUUGUCAGCGUUGGACUGAUCAAGCCCAGAGCGGGUGUCUUUGUGGAGGACGUCAAGUACCUCCUGUUGCUCACAACGCCCAUUGAGGUGAUCGUCCUGGGUGUGAUGUUCGGUGAGAGCGGUUUCAACGAAAUGCAGCUGAUGAACAGGCCCAUAUUCGUGAUCGGUACGGAUAACGUCUCCAUCAGUGUCAUCAAGGGCACAGACGACGGACGCAUUUUCCUAGGCGGCCGCGAUGGCUGCCUCUAUGAGAUCUUCUAUCAGGCGGAGUCAUCUUGGUUUGGCAAGCGUUCCAAAAAGAUCAAUCUCUCACAGAGUCUGGUCUCGCUGAUGGUGCCGAAUUUCCUCAAAGUUUUUUCGGAAGUGGACGGUAUAGAGCGCAUUGAGGUCGACAACAGUCGAAAGCUGCUGUAUGUGCUCUCGGAAAGGGGAUCCAUCGAAGCCUGGGACAUCAGUACGGAUUACACAGGAGCCCGAAGGCUGGGCAGGAUCACCCAGAGCGAUAUUACAAGCCAAGCAGUCAAGCUGAUCACUACGGUUGAUCCCACGAUUUUCAAGUGUGUCAAGGCCAUUUGCCCCCUUACAGCCGAUGAUUCCAGCAAACUUCAUCUCGUGGCCGUCACCCAGUGUGGCGUUCGUCUGUACUUCUCCACCACAUCGCUCGCUGUGCAGCAGCAGCAAUUCGACCCUACAGCUAACUGCUCACAAUUCGAUAAUCAAGGUUUUGGUGGCCAGGCACAACUUCCGCCGCCUGUCGCAGGUGAAACUCCAAGGGGGCUUUAUUUACUCCAUGUUCGCCUGCCGCCUGGUUACACGCCGAAUGCCACCACGAAUAAGCCAAAGCAAGUGCAUGCCGCCCACUACACCGAGGGCAAUAUGUUGAUGAUCACCACCCAGCAGCAGGAACAGGAUCUCCUCUGGUCGGUGAACUCGGCACCGUCGGUUAACUUCACCUAUUUGGUAGAGUCAACGGCUCUGGAGAGUCUGGACGGUGUGGUUUGGGGCAUGGCCGAGGUGAAGGAACCAAGUGCUCCAUUCCUAAAGUCCCCCUUGAAUAGUGCCCGACACUCGCGGAAAGUGGCGCUGCUCACCAAUCAGGGCACACACAUAAUUGAGCUGCUCAAGAUGCCGGACGUUCUCAUGCAGAUUCUGCAGUACUGCAAUGGCCCGCAUCACGAGGAGGUGAAGAUGUUCUUUCAGUCGCAAAAUCAACGCGAAGCCUGCGUCACGGCCCUGCUGCUGGCCACCUCUGAUAGCUAUCGUGGCGGUAAUGUGGCCCUGUGGGCCACCCAAGCCUUUAUGCUGUACGGCGGUGAGCCCUGCUUCCAGCAUCAAAAGUUCCUGAAUGCCAAUAACAACCGCACCCUGGCGAAUCAGACGCAGCUUGGCUCCAGUGCAGUCACCGGUAGAGAGCGAUUGCCCAUAUUUAUGUCUACGCCAAUGCCAAAUGCCAAUCAGGGGAAUACGCCGAUGUCUUACAAUGCUCCGCAGUUUAAUCAGCCAAUAAGUCCAAUUUCCAAUUUGCAACAACCUUCGCCUGUGGUUAAUAACGAGAAUUCCCAAAUUGUUUACUCGGCCAAACACGAUGGCUUGUACUUGUACGUCUCCCGUAUGCUGCGCUCCAUUUGGCAACUACCUUGUGUGGACAAAAACUUCUGCUCCCGCGUGGGUCCCAAAGAUUGCUCUGUUUUGCUAGCCGAUCUUCGAGCCCUGCGGCGAUUCCUGGAAGAUCAUUCUGUCCACGAUAUAUCUUCUUCUACUCGCGUUUCGUUCGACACUCACUUGGACAGGACCAGUGGCUACAACACCCUCAUUAUGGCCAACUCUCAUCUGCCCAUCUCCGAGCAGCGCAACUAUGCCGAGCAGGCUCAGGUGGAGGAAAAGCGUUCCCUCUCCGCCCUCAAUCUUUUUGUCAAGCACGCCUGUGAGGUUCUCUCUCUGUGGAGUAUCUUGAAUGCUCACAACUUUCAAAACAUUUGCCUGCAACUCAAUACUGAUCAGCAGAAUAUGCUCAAGUGCUGUACUUUCCGAGACCUACUGCUCACCCGUUCGGAGGUUACCGCCUUUCUGAUCAUCUCCUUGAUCAAUCUGUAUCUGAAGGAUAAGGCCGGAGUGGCGGAGGUGUCCAACAACUUGCGCGAGCAGUGUCCUAAUCUCUACAGACAUGAGGAUGCCGUCACCUACAAGGCCACCGAGCUAUUGAUGAACGCCAAGAACUGUACUUCGGCCACCGAAAAGGAGCAGAAGCUACGAACCACUCUGCAGAUGUGCAAGGAAGCGGCUCCCACAUUGCCGUUGCGCAGUAUUUGCCAGCAGUUUACAUCCACAGAGUUCUACGAGGGUGUCAUUGAGCUUACGGCCGUGUGUGCGGCCAAGAGCGAUCCCGAGGAGGUGGGCAUACAUUUCUAUAAAAACGGUGAACCAUCCGAGGAUCGCGAGGGAUACACUUGCUUUGUUACCAGGAUGAACUACUACAAGGAGGUACAAAAUAUGCUCGAUCAUAUUUAUCAGACGGCUCGCAAUAAGGCAAACCCACAGGAUGAAAGCCAAGCAUCUCCCCUUCAAUUCAAAAACAUGAACUUUACCAAAAUCAUCCCUAAAAUUGUGGCCCAAACGCUGCGCGUCAAGGAUCCCCUGAUCCAUGUGACCCUCUACGAAUGGCUGCUUGCCCACGAUAUGCUCAGUGAGCUAUUGGAUGUGGAAGAGCCAACGCUGGGCGAGUUCCUGCGACGCAAUGCCACACGCAAUGGCGAUAAUGUGGGUGUGAUCGAUCUGCUGUGGAAGUACUACGAGAAGAACAAUCAUCAUCCCCAGGCAGCAAAGAUUUUGGAUAACUUGGCAAUGACCCGCAGCGAAAAUAUAACUUUGGAGCAGCGCAUCGAGUACUUGGUGCGAGCGGUGAUGUGCAUGCGAAAUGGUAACGUCGGUUCGUCCAUAACAAGUGGGAUAUUCCUGAAGGAGCUGGAAGAUAAGCUGGACAUUGCCAAAGUUCAGCGAACAGUACUUUAUGCCAUGAAGGAGCUGGCUCGCACUAACCACGAGGCAGCCAAUGCCGUUAAGGAGCUGCACUAUGCCAUGUACGAUAUCACACAGCUGUAUACACACUUUGCCGAGCCCUUCAAUCUCUGGGAGUGCCAGUUGUCUAUACUGAAUUGCUCCCACCACAACGAUCCCUUGCUGAUCGAAUCGGUCUGGGGUAACAUUAUUAACAGCAUUGUUGAAGAGCCUGGAACGGCUGUGGAGCGCAGCAAUCGGUUGUUUACCAAAAUAGAACUAUUGGUGAGGGAAUAUAAUGAAUCGGGUGCCUGCUUCCCCUUUGCCUUCCUCAUAAGGGAGCUGGAAAUUAAGGCCUGUCAACUAAGGCUACCAGAGGGAAUUGUGCCGGAAAAACUGAUCGCAAUGAGUCUGGAUGUUGAGCUCCUUCUCGAAUACUACUCAAGAAUGAUUUCAAUGAACGAACGGGUGUGGGCCAACGAGGGUAAUGAGUGGCAUUUGAUACAGUCAGCCAUCCGAGUGGUCACCCUUCUGGCGGACAACGCACAGACCGUUUGUUAUAGAUCCAAACGACGCAUUAUUGGCAAGGCGCAGGACAUAGUGGCUGGUUGUUUGAAUAUCUGUUACCAAAAGCCCGACACCAAUCGUCUUCAGAACUCGCUCAAGGAACUUCAGAGCCGGAUGCAGCGCUUAUUGGUUUAAAGUUAAAUAAUUCUAUUUUUUUAAAAUGAGAAUUAAAUUUCUGAACUAGACGUUAAGUUUGACUGAGAUAUAUAUUUUGUAAUUGUAUUAAAAGUGUUAAAUAAAUUGAUUCCCCACGUCGAAA